GAAAGAAGGAAGAGAAAGAAGAAGGAGGAGCAAAAGGCUGAAAGUGGAUUUUAACUUAAAUCAGAUAACUGAUGAGUUGUCAUUGUCUUCUGUGAGGUGGAGACAUGGAUGAAUUCCGGAUGCGUCACUAUAGCAGACUUUCUGACUCCAGAAGUGACAGCGAUGAAACCAAUCUCUCUAACUCCAGUGAUGACAGCGAUUCUAGCAAUGGAAUACCUCCUUUAUUCAGUCAAUUGUUAGAAGAUCAUGGAUACACCAUAAAGGAAGAACUUGGACAAAGGGGUUCGGGAAUAGUGUUUCUGGUGAAUGACAAAGAUGGAAAUCCUUAUGUAAUCAAAAAGAUUAAUUCCAGAAAUAAGAGGGAAGUCGAGAUCUUGAAAAGUCUGGAGCAUGGAUAUAUUGUUACUUAUGCGGAUUUAUUUGAAGAUAAAGACGCUGAAUUCUUUUAUAUUGUGACGGAGUAUUGUGCAGGAGGAAAUCUUUACCAGAGGAUGAAAGCACAGAACGAGAGAGGGUUUUUUGAAGAACAGCAGAUUCUUGACUGGUUUGUUCAGAUUUGUCUGGCUCUGCAGUAUAUUCAUGAGAGCAAUAUUCUUCACAGAGAUAUAAAACCACAGAAUGUUUUUCUGACUGAGGAUGGUUACAUCAAUCUUGGAGAUUUUGGAUGCUCAAAAGCAUUGGAAAGAGCUGAUGCGUAUGCAGAAUCAGUAGUGGGUGCAGAGCUGUAUGUCAGUCCAGAAGUUUUUAAAAAGAAAUAUAAGUCCAAAAGUGACAUCUGGUCACUGGGAUGGUUGCUCCAUGAUCUCUGCAUGCUGGAUGUGUGGUCAGAUGACAUAGAGGGCCGUUUUCAACAUAGCAACAGUAUGAGAGGAAACACCCCCCAAAUCUCGGAGAGAUACUCAGAAGAACUACGAAAAUUAAUCCAAGAAAUGCUCAGCCUUGACCCUAGACAUAAACCUUCGGCUGAUGAGAUUCUAGCAAAAUCAUUCCUGAACAAUGCAGCAAUUAAAAACAAGGGGAUUCCAGUGGGCCUUAAAGAAAGCCUCAAUGUAUAUUUCAGGAUCUUUGAUGAGGCCUACAAUAAGCAUUAUAAAAACUUUGAGGCCUUAGUUACAGAGUGGGGAAAAACAACAGCUUCACUAGAGGAGGUGCAUUAUAAAUGCACAGCAGGAACUCUGUCAGGUGUUGGUGUUGGUGUUGGAGUUGCAGGUGGUGUAACAG